AUGGCACCGGCACCUAUGGCCAGCUGGCGGGGUGCGCCUAGCGCGGAGGAGCAGGAACGACGCAAUACUGUCGGCAUUAAUCUCGAAACCGUCACCGAUGUGACAUCUGUCGAUUACCCUGGGCACUUCCCCGGCGAAGAUCAUGCCUACUCCCUUGACCGCUUCCGGGCCGCCUUCUCCGUCACCUUCCACCAGAACGAAGCCUCCAACUCGUCCUUUUCGUUAAUGGGACUGGAUGCCUCUCUCGCCAAUGCCUUUCGGCGCAUUCUCAUCGCCGAGAUCCCCACUCUUGCCAUUGAAAACGUUUACAUCGAGAACAACACAUCCGUUAUCCAAGACGAAGUUCUCGCUCACCGACUGGGCUUGAUUCCCUUCAACGGCAGCCGCGAAGGCAUCCACAACUUCUUAAAGUGGCAUAAAAAGCCGGAGGCUGGAGAGGAUCCCUACGCCGGCUGCUUCGACUGGAACACGGUACGGCUAGAGCUCAAUGUCACUUGCACGGUGAAUCCGGACGCCUCGCCCGACGAGACGGACCCCCUCAAAGCGUAUAACAAUGCGCAUGUUUACGCCAAAGAUAUCGUGUUUAUCCCCACCGGGAAGCAGGUUGAGCAUUUCAGCGGCGAGGACGCCAUUGCCCCUGUGAAUCCGGACAUUCUGAUUGCCAAGCUGCGACCCAAGCAGACGAUCAACCUGUCGAUGCACAUGCACAAGGGCAUUGGAGCGGACCAUGCCAAAUUCUCACCCGUUGCCACCGCCUCGUACCGCCUCAUGCCGACUAUCAAGAUCCUGAAGCCUAUCCUUGGCGCUGACGCCGAGAAGUUUGCUAAGUGCUUUCCUCAGGGGGUCAUUGGCCUGGAGAAGGUCACGGCCCAGGAGGCCAAGAAGGCGGGCAGCGGGUAUGAGGGCCACGCUGGUGAGAAGAAGGCUGUUGUUAAGGAUGCCAUGAAGGAUACUGUGAGCAGGGAGUGUCUUCGGCAUGCGGAGUUUGAGGGUAAGGUGAAGCUUGGCAGGAGGAGGGACCACUUCAUCUUUUCUAUUGAAAGCACGGGGCAGUGGGAUAGUGACGAGCUGUUUAUGGAGGCGGUGAAGCAUAUGAAGAUGAAGUGCAAGAAGUUGGAGCAGCAGGUUGUCAAUAUGGCGAGGUGA